AUGGAUUUUGUACUUUGGACACCAAGAAUCCUUCACAUAUUUACAGACGACUGAGAGGAACGCAGAAUUGCGUGCGGACUGUAAAUUCAUCAUGUCUCAUCUACAGAAUAUAGUUGCCUUCAUAAUAAUCUCUGCCUCCAUUUGUCAGGCUCAAGCUGGUGGUCAACGGGCAUCAUCAGAUACAGCUAAAGUCACGUUACAGCCGUGGCUGGUGGGACUGACAGCCGUUGUCGUUUUUCUCUUUGUUGUCUUCGUCCUCCUCAUCAUGCAGAGGCUCUUUUUCAAGAAAGACAAACAUGAGCUGGAAGAAAGCCAUUCCUUUUACGAAAACAAAGCAGCUGAUCUGGAGGCAUUCGAGGAGACCAAGCAGACCACUUUCUAAUGAGAAGAACAGAUGAUCACGGUCCUGCAGCACACAAAUCUUUCUCUCUCUGGAAAUCAUGCCACAACUGGCAUAGAGUAAUUAUCAUAUACAAUCUUAUGUAAUAUAUCUUUUUAACUUAUUGAUUUAAUUACGUUUUGUCUUCAUAAGUGUUGUUCCUCACAUCGUCCACUAGAUGGAGCAGCACUCACCUAGUCACAGCUGUAACCUUUGCGAUUGAUUUUUUUUGGCGUAUUCUCAAUACACGUUUUACUACUUUGCUGUAACUUAGGUAACAUUUAAACAUUCAUUAGGGUAAUGAGAGCAUUGGAAUUGAAGAGCACACACUCAGGGAGUCACAUCAUGCACAUAAUGCUCUGAUUAACCGGCUUUUGACUCGUAUGACAUGGGUUCUGCAUGCAUAUAUGCUAAAUGGACAUGGGUAUGAGAUCCAUUACUCAUUUUGACUGGCGGUUUGGACAUGUUAAAUGCUUCCAGUCAAAUGAUGUAACGCAGUUUUGCUUUUGAAACCAUUUGCUCGUCUCGGGGGGAAUUAUAUGAUGAAAAUAUCAUUCGCAGAAAAAAUGGCCAGGUGUUCAAAUGUGUUAAUGAUGGAGACCAUUACGGUUUAAAGUAUACAGCGUUAAAGUUAAAGUAGACUUUGGUCUGGUGUUGCCUAAAUGAUUACUAAGACUGUUGAGCGGUUAGUUAUGAUGUAAUAAACUGCCUAACGCAUGCUUUUUAUAUUGAUGUGGUUCCUCCCUUCGUGAUUAAAUAAAAGCUCAUCUUUGGGUUAAAUGGGAA